AAAAUUCAAUAAAUAUCUUAUGUGUAUAAUAUUGUUUAAUCUUUACAAAAUAGGAACAUAAACAGGAAAACCAGACCUGGUCCAGACAGGAUCAUCUCUGACAAAAAAAUCUCAGACCGCGUGGUCCCCAUCUGCCCCCUCAAGGACGGAAGCCAUCCACAAUUCAGUUUGAUUCCAUUGCGUACCUGCCAGGAAACAACUCAACGAUAAGUCGGUUCUUCUUCAACUUGUAACGAUCGAACUCAACUCAGCACUUGCAAAAAUGGCUCUUUUAUACAGUGACAUUCAGACUGUAGCCGUGGCCGAGGAAGAUCAUUCCUCGAACCUCCAACCCAACCGCCUUUCUUCAAGAUUUUUUCUCUACAGUUUGUCGGUUAAACCUUCCUUAAACCCUUUUGUAAUCUUCAUUGUUUUCAUUUACCGAACGAACCACUCUAAUCUUAACUCAUCAAGAAUUAAAAACUUUCAUUGAUACCAUGCAGAAACAAGACCCAAAAGAUCCCAAAUCUCCACCAAAAACUUCACUCGGGGCUUCUUCAUCUUCUUCGUCCUCUUCCUCUCAAUCCCACCACCCUGAAAAGACGCAGAGUUUAAUGGGGUCUCAAGCCUUUUCCCCAUUUUCCAUGCCUUUCUCUGACUCGGAACCGUUUUCAGCGUUUCCUGCGACAGGCCCACUUGUUGAUGUGGGGCUGCCUCAGCCUUUGGAGUGUUUACAGGGGAGCCCAAUUCCGCCAUUUUUGUCCAAGACUUUCGAUCUUGUGGAUGAUAUGUCUCUUGAUCCGAUCAUUUCGUGGGGAGCUACGGGAGAGAGCUUUGUGGUUUGGGAUCCUGUGGAGUUUGCCAGGGUGAUUCUUCCAAGGAAUUUCAAGCACAACAAUUUCUCAAGUUUUGUCAGGCAACUUAAUACUUAUGGGUUCCGCAAGAUUGACACUGACAAGUGGGAAUUUGCGAAUGAAGCUUUCCAGCGUGGGAAGAGGAAUCUUUUGAAAAACAUCCAAAGGCGGAAGGCGCCUCACCCCCAACAGAUUGGGAGCUAUACCGGACCUUCUGCUGACACGUCUGGAAUGAAAGAUGAUAUAGAGAAACUGAGGAAGGAGAGGAGUAUGUUAAUGCAGGAAGUUGUAGAACUGCAGCAGCAACAUCGAGGGACAGCUUCUCAUGUUGAAGUAGUUAAUCAGAGGCUUCAGGCAGCUGAGCAAAGACAGAGGCAUAUGGUUUCAUUCUUAGCCAAGUUACUUCAGAACCCUGCAUUCUUAGCCCGUCUUCGACGGAAGAAGGAACAAGGAAAUAUUGAAUCUUCACGGUUGAGGAGGAAAUUUGUCAGUCACCAGCCACAUGGAUUGAGUGAAUCAGCUUCACCAAUGGAGGGGCAAAUUGUUAAGUACGGUCCUGAUUGGAGAAACCUCAACAUACCUUCUGUUGUCCCAGAAAUGGAUCCUUCUCAUGCUGAGUAUCCUCCUGAUUAUCUCUUAGAAGAUGUGGUGGGGAGGGGAUCAACCACAGAAAGUAUGCCGUUUCACUUUGCUGUUUCAGAAGAGUUAGCGGCAGAGCAACAAUUUACCAAAGCCCCAGAGCAUUUGGGAGAAGAAACUUUAAGACUGGGAAGUGUGCAUCCUAGUACUAGAGGAAAGAGUGUGAUGAGCCCACAACAAGAAGUUUGCCCUGAGUAUUUUCUCUCUUUCCCUGAGAAUUUGGAGAAGAGAAAGAAUACUCCGGAAUUCUCAUCUUCUGGAAUGGAAAGCAUCAUCAAACAGGAGGAUAUAUGGAGCAUGGGAUUUGAUGUCACUGCUGGUAUGUCUAGUUCUAGCAAUGAAUUAUUGGGCAACCUUGCCGUUAUCCCAGAGUUGGAAACGUCGAGCGGGUUAUCUGAUAUCUGGGAUUUUAAUUUAUUGCAAGAAGCACAACUUUCAGGCACUGAUCUGUGGUCGGCUGAUGAAUUUGAGUAUCUAGCUGGCCAGCAAAAAGAUGAUAGCCCCAAGGACAUGGGUCUAUAGGCCUUCUUUUCCUUGGACACUUGCUGGCCUUCUAGAUACUUUAGUUGAUGAAGUCUAUUAUUGGACGAUUUAUUUAUAAUUAUAUUCAAUGGAACUUCAUCUUUCAUUCA